AUGAGCUUGAGGACUGGGGAGAACCAUCCAAUGGUGUCCUCUUCAAUGGCAGAUGAACCCAUAUCAAGCAUUCCGUCGCCUUUAAUGCCCCUAGUUGGGUUACAGGCACCAGUUGCUAUGCCCGACAAUCAACCCUCACAAGCCCCGGCAAAAGAUGUUGCAGUGAAGGCUUUUCUGUAUCCAGGAGCCAUAGCAAAAGCUAUAAUUAGUAAUACAGCGAUUCCAAGCUACAACGACUUGCUAAAUUUCUUCAAGUUCUCGUAUCUGAAGGGAGCAUCUGCCGCAACUGAUCUCAAACACUUGGAGGUUCUCGUGGGAAGUUACCUCUGUGUAGCAGGAGCUUUUUUAGGUCUGAUCAAACCAGGAAGAGCAAGCCUGUUUGGUAUACUUCUAGUUUUGUGGGGCAUCGCUCGUGAACUCCUUCUUCAGAAGCAUGUUGCAACUAAAGACCUCGGAAAAGCUGUCUCUAUAUAUGCCACAAUGUGGAUACCGGUGCUCUCUUCAUUCUUUUCUGUAAGAGGGGAUGUGAGAAAGCUCAUCAGAAGUUGCAAAGCCAAGCGCAUUUCUAAACAGCUACGGAUGUAUUCGAAAGCAAAGUUUAAAUGA